AUGCCGUUCGAGCUCGCUAGCUCUUUAGCAGGACACCACCUCAUCCCCCAGCCCGCCGACGCCGCCUUGAACCCACCGGAGGUGUACUUCUAUGUGCAGGAUGGCUUAAUGAUUGCUUGCGGUGUGCUAUAUGCCCUGUGCUACUUCUUCUAUGCCACACGCACGUACAAGGACAAACAUCUCGCUGGCCCUGUCGAAUACAUGUCCACAACCCUCUCCUACGAGCUCUACUACGCCCUUGCCACCACCUCCACCAACCUCGAACUCGCCUGCUUCAUCCUCUGGUUCCUCUUCGACCUCGCCUUCGUCAGCGUCGCGCUUCUUUCAGCGUAUCCUCCUGGGCGCCGACUGGGUGUGAUAGCGCGUACUGCUGUCCUGACGAUAGCAUUCUACUUUGCCCUGCAGACGCUCGAUUCGUGGUUCCCAUCCGAUCGCUCACAACAGACAGCUUUCUUCAUCGGCGUGGCGUUGCAACUUCCCAUCUCCGUUGGCUCAGUCAUAUUGCUACUCAGGGACAAAGAUGUCCGCGGCCAGAGUCUGGAGAUCUGGGUUACGAGGUGUCUAGGUUGCUGGACGGCUUAUGGCUUGUUUUGGUGGCGGUGGUGGAAUAUGUCGCAGAACUGGGGGUACGUGAGCGACUUGUGGGCAGAGAGUGCGAUUGCGGUGACGUUGGCGGCGGAGGCGGUUUGGCCGGGUGUUUACAUGUGGGCGUGGAAGAAGGGACAGGUGGAGGACAGGAAGAUGGGGAAGCGGGAAUGA